UCAUUGUUCCUCAUGUGUUGCUAUGGAAAUAUCUAGAAAUAUGCUAACAGAGAAUUUAAACGGUUUCGUUGCCUGGGUGUUGCAAACGGUGGGUUCAGUGUUCCUCUUUAUUUUUCAGAAAUCCGGAGAACAAAUUUGUGUCAAAUUCGCUGCCAAACUCAUUGAUCCUGUCAAACUUCCUUCAUUCAUGGAUCGAAUCAUCGACCAGAUAAACGAGGCAUCAAGUUCCAAGAUGGAUUCCCCACAGCAAAAGCAACUUGUUCGCAGAGCGAGUAACUGUGAUUCCGAAGCCAGUGACCACACCCUUCCUCAACUCGAAAGAAAUGCCCCCAGCUCCGAGCAACCCAAUAGCAGAGGCGGAUGCUCUCAGAAGUGCGAACCGAAGCAAGUCAUACUUCAUGAUAACUCGACCUACAAGAGAUAUGUCCGCAAUGAGAUGCCGCGCCAGGGUCAAGGGAACAGAGGUACAAUGAAUUACAAAGAAGGACGGCCUUCGAUUCUCAUGGUGGUAUUCGCGCAAUUGAUCGUGGCGGCAAUAGUGGUUUUAUUGGGCUGGUUGCUCUGGAAGAGCUAG